AUGAAGGUGAAACCAACGAUUAUGAAGCAAUCACAAAUUGUAAUAGAUAAGAUUCAGAGUUUGAUAAAAUAGUACAUUAAUGGACUAAAAUCAGAUUUGAUUAAAUAUCUGAAGUAGAUACAAAACGAUGAGCACAUUCAUCUAGAUGAUAUUCUAUACUUUACUGAGGAUAAUAAAAUAGAUGUAAAAAUUGAUCAGUCUAUAGGUUACUAGGACAAGAACUUCCAAGACAUAUCUCUAUAAUCAUUGAUCAUUAUAGGUUCUAAAUCUAAUGAUGCAUUCCAAUCUUAAUAAAAUAAUCUUACUAUGCAUUAAAAUGGGAGUUUAAAUUAAUUUAAGAGUAAAAAUAGGUUGAAUAUCAAAAAGAGAAUUACAAAUUUAAGAUCAAAAGCACAUAAAUAAAUUGAAGUUAGCAAAUUAGGGAAUCAGGAGGGAUGUAGUUAAAACCUGAAUGGAGAUUAAUAUUUUGAAUCUUAGAGAAGAAUGAGCAAGAUAAAGUAGAAAUCAUAGCUUUAAUAUAGUAGUAUCGUAAAUACUAGACGAGUAUCAAACAACCUAAUAGAGAAAGGAUUUAAUAGGCAAGCUACAAUUAAAUUAGACAAUAGGAAAGUAUCUUUCGAUCAAGCCUCUACCGAAGAAACUUCAAGUCCACAUUAAGUCCAAGAUUAUAUUUCAAAGUCACAAUUAAGAAGAUAUGCACCUAUAGUUGUCAACUCUUAAUAAUCAGGAUGA